AUGGCGAAUUUCCUGAGGCUACUUUUUUGCUUGAAAAAGAGUCCAAAAGCGGACGAUCAUUCGCGACCCAUCAAAGAAAAGCCGAGGAGUUAUGAGAGAAGUUUCGACUACGAGAAGCCACCUCUCGACACCGCGAGCAUAGGGCAUACCGAGUCCGUCCUCGCGCCCGGUGGAGUCCCGAUCCGACCGAAUGUGAACCCCGCAUUCACCGCCUACUCCACCCCGCCCGACGGAUGGGUACCCACAGGUGGAAAUGAAGCCAAGCUCAAGGAUGAGCUUGAUGGCGACUCAGAAGAGGCGGCACGACGACGGAAAGCGGAACAGGAGGAGCAAGAGCGGUUGGAUUUCUUCCAGAUGCUUUGA